AUGGAGGUGAUCGUGCUGGACGACAGCAGCGACGCGUCAUCCGAGGGCGAGAUAGCGCGAGCAUCAGCGUCCACGACGCCGCCGGCAUCCCCAGCGAUGAAGUGGAGGCGCACACAGUCUGUCGGCUACGCUGAUGCGGUGGAGGCGGCGCUUGCGAUGGCUGCAGCUCUCGAGACGAAGGAGCCGAGUACCAGUCGCAUCACGAAAAAGAAGAAGAAGGCAGUCUUAGCACCGCCAUUGCUGCCUACGAAGGCCAAGAAACUACAGCCAAAGCAGAACAUUAACAGGAGGUCGCUUCAGACUGGGAAGGACCGUGAGAAGACCGUUCACAAAAGCAGGGGGCGGGAGAUACAACGACCAGCGAAGUCUUCGCGGUUGCAAAUGAGGUCGAGCAGCCUCAGUUCCAGUUCAGGUUCGGAUUCCAGCUCCAGUUCGAGCUCUGGGUCUCGUAGUCGCCCUCGCUUUGCUGUUACUGGAGCUGGAGUUGGUGAUCGACCGAGUACUGCGUCCUCAGAGAAAGCAGGGCUAAGUGGAAGACGACAGAAGCCUGCUAGCAGUGGUCGGCAUCAGUUAGAAGGUCGACGUCGCGCUUCCUCUGGCGCACAACCAGCAGUUCAGAGCAAGCAACCUGCGGAGGUCGUGAAUCUCAUGUCUUCGUCGAGUUCCUCCGAGUCAUCCGUCGGUUGUCGCUUGCGGUCAUCGUCAGAGUCUUCGCUGACGUCGUCGGACGAUGAAUCACCGACUCGGACGCCUGUGAAGACCGGGAAGAAGCGACUAGUAUUGAAUGCCCGUGCGACCAAGCUGAAGCCAGCCACUUUUUCUGGGUCAACGAGCGCGGAGGCAGUGAACCGCCCUCAAUUCCCGGCGCAUUCAAGCAUACAGUCGAAGAGUAAAUCAUUGGUGGCAGGCAAGCGAAAGCGAGUGCUGCCUCAGAUGCGGCGAGAGAUUAUUAAAAAGCGAGAUAGAGACCUUGGAGAUCAAUUAAAGAAGAAGAGGUCACACAAGAAAAAAACCAUUGGGAACGGUGCACGGCGUCGCGACUCCGUAUCGAAGCUCUCAACUACGACACAGAGUGCGCCGGUGUCUCUGCUGACGUCGUCAUCGACGGACUCGUCUGACUCGUCUUCGUCGUCCUCAACGCGGAGACCAGUAUCAGCGCGGAAAACCGUGACGAUGCCAAGCACUGCGUCACAGUCAACAAACCAAGCACGUGAAGGGGAGACGGACGCGUUUGGUCGAUACCAUUGCCGUAAAUCGGUGACUGUCGACACGAAAAAAUCACCGGGAAAAGCCAAGUCUAUCUCGCCGUCGUCGGCGUCUGCAGUGUCUGCCAACUCGAUCAACCGUGUCGAGGAAACUAGACCAUUGAGGCGGUACACGACGAGCAUUGGGCUGCGUGCCCACUACCGUGUGGAGGACGAUCCAAUCUUACGCUACACUGCCAUCACAAGGCCGAGUGGAACGGGCGGUGGAAAUGAAAGCGGUGAGAAGUACGGGCUGCAGAUAGGCAAUGUGGCCGAUGAAGAGGUGGCGGAGUUCGUGUUGAGACUGGUGGUUGGUCGUCUUGGCGACUCGGAGCAGGUGUUCCAUGCGCUGAAGACCGAGCUCGGCUUCUCCCAGGCGUACACGGCGUACUGUGAGUUGAAGAAGCUGCACGAUUCGAGGCAGCGAGCAAGCACCAGAUUGGAUCGAAUGGAGAAGCUGCGUGGAGAUGGAGAUAAUGCGAAGGAUCCGGACGUCGCAGCUAUUGUGAACUUGCUGGAGCAGUCGUCGUUGUCGAAAUCCAGCCGCGCGAAAGCCUUGAGCAGGCGCUUACAGCCGCCGAUCUGCAAUCUCGAGUCAAGCAUUGUGGACAGUCUCGUGGACGGCGCGACGGCUGGUAUGGUGACGUUGGGUUUGCGUGGUACAGAUUCGUACCAUGAGCUGGUGGACGUGUAUCAUGGCUCGUUCUGCCGGAUGUGUUACAGAUACGCUUGCCACGAGCACGGUGGUGACCACCCGCUGCCGGCCAGGCGAGUGGAUCCCGUGUACCCUCGUGUCCAAGUGACGACAUGCGCUGCCGCGCCUUUUGAUUGUAGUGGAGCGGCUUCGUCGGACGAGGACGUGAUUUGUCUCGACGACGAGAUAACCGGGGAUGCAAGACACUUGAAUACUGCAGCGAGAGUUCGUGACGGUUCGAACUGUAAGGCAGCUGGGUCAAUUACGAGUAAGGUGAAGGUCGGUGUGGAGAGUGAUGUGGAUAUGAGCGACGGUGGUAGUGAACCUCAGCAACUACGACGACGCCAGCACAAGACGAUGGCUGACCCGUCCGAGUACGUCGAUGCGUCGCAUGUUUCACUGGUGGCGGAGAAGAUGCACUCGUUUCUAUCUGCGGGCAGUGCAUGUGGGAAGCAAUGUUGGAAGAAUGAUGAUCCCAUGAAUGUGUGCGCCCAGCGACCCACACUGGCAGCAGCAGAGCUUGGAGUUAUUCGAAAGCUUCGACAGACGAUGGGUGACAACUCGUGCUUGCUGUCGGCCAUCAUCGGCUCUGCCUCUUGCGUGGAGGUGCACGAGUUGAUCAAGAAGGAACAGACUAACGAUGAACAUGGAGGCGUGGCAGAUGGUACUGGGAGAUCGGGCCGUCGGGUGCGUAACUGGAAGCAGGGGCGGAGAUCAGGCGGAAGCAAUCACGAGCUGCUUCAGCGUACACGCAACCAGCGCUUGCAGGAUCGGGGCACAGAGAACCACGAGUACCAGGCGUGCAUGCACGAGGGCAUGUGCGACUCGACGGGCUGCUCGUGCAUGAAACGCGAUCACAUGUGCGAGAAGGCGUGCGCUUGCUCUCGCGAUUGUCCGAAUAGGUGCGUGAGGCGAGACGAAAGACAGAUGAAGCAGUUGAACGUGCUCCGCUUGAUCAUUGGAGCGUACUUGCUAACCAAACGGAAAGAGGGUCACUUGACUGACUAUUGUUUACUGCGGUGUGUUACGCUUGGCAGGUUUGAAGGUUGCUCGUGUUCGCCCGGCGAAUGUCGUACCAGCAAGUGUCCGUGUUUUGCAGCACUGCGCGAGUGUGACCCUGAUGUUUGUGUAUCGUGCGGGGCGAGCGAGAUGGCUGUAUUAGUGACAACUAAUACCGACAGGUGUGCGAGCUCGAUGUGUGGCAAUAUCAAUGUGAUCCGUAGCAAGCACAAACGGCUGAGCAUGGGGCUUUCCUCGAUCCACGGUUACGGAAUGUUUGCGCGUGAGACCAUCUCAGCUACUGAAUUUGUAUACGAGUACACCGGCGCCAUGCUGUCGCAGGACGAGGCAGAGCGCCGCGGUCUGAUAUAUGACAAGAUGGAAAUGAGCUACUUAUUUGAUUUGAACGAAGACGCCGUGCUGGAUGCGCUUCGCUGCGGCAACAAGAGCAAGUUCAUCAACCAUGACGGCGUAACGCCCAACUGCACGGCGAAGGUGGUGAGCGUAUGUGGUGUACACCACAUCACCAUCUGGGCAUUGCGCGACAUCUCAGUUGGUGAGGAGCUGAUGUUCGACUACGGCUACAAGCGAAGUGUCGGUCCAGAUUGGAGUCAGCGUCGAGCGGCAUCGAAGGAUUCCAGAUAAGGUAUGUGUGUGUCCAGAUGAAAUCCGACUCCAGCUCGACGUCAAUCUGUGUUCCUGUAUGUGAACCUUCACAAAUACACACGAAGAUACACUGUUUCCUUCAGUUCUCCAGAAGUGCGAAUGCGGGUUAUGUUGCUCAUUUUUUUUUUACUGUACUACACUAACUGUACUGCGCU